AAGACGCGUGCGCCUUGCGAAUAGUCGCGAUCGCGCUUGUGGCGAGAGUUCGCCGACAAACGGACGGACCAGCGCCAGCUCCGGCUGGCUGGCUGGUUGGCGUGGUGCGACACUCGGGCGUGGUUUUUCACGUCGUCGGGGUGUACUGCUGCUGUCGGCAGGCUCCGAGCAGGGAGACGGAGAGCCGCCCUGAGCCCUAUCUCGAGCGGGGUGUCAGGCAACGACUAUCGGCGUGACUAGAAGAACGUGCGCGUCGCUGGCCGAUCGUGUAGUCUCGCCGCAGGAUCCAUUUAAAUCCGCCAUAGCAGCUGAAUAUAAAAAAAAAGAACGGUUACAGGGGGGAGAGAGCGUGUUCUCGAGGAGGGAUAGAUAUUUAGAAGAAAUCCGCCGGUCUUACAAGUGUCGACGGCGAUCGACUUCGGUAAGAUCGUGACCAUUUGCGAGCGCGAGUUAAAUGGCACGUCGCGGCGCCGCAGUGACGUCACAAACCUGGUUGUACCAGCAACGUCACGAGCUACCGAGACUGUCGUCGCUCUCGUCGUCGUCGUAGUCGUCGGACACGCACAUUGUGAGCGGCGCUUUAUUAUGUAAUACAUAAUAUGCGCACACACCGUCGGUGUGUCGAUGUCACGCGUGCGUUCGUGUGGGGCGGAGCUGCCGGGACGUUUAACUCUCGCGCGAACCGGUUCAGCUCGCUCGCUCACGACGGAUAAUUCGAUUGUGACGAGCUAUUCGCCAUGUGAUCCCACCGCAAUGCGGUGGACCGGUGUGUGGCAUCUGUGUGCUUAGACUUCGCGGCUGGAAAUUGCAAAAUUAUCGCGAUUCGGUGCGACGGUGGAGAAAUAUGCAGGGUAGAGGAAGAAUGAGGUCUCAUUAGUGAGAAACGAGAUAUAAGAUGUCAUAUAUAUGCCGGGAGAAACGAGGUCACAGCGAAUUUCUCGUUUGAGAAGAGAAAUGCGCGAGCGUAGCGAGUGCUGAAAAAAGAGGCUGAAAAUCGAUGUCGGAAAAUCGAUCGAUCGGAUAAAAAUGUAAAUUCAAGAUUCGUCAUCUGUUGUCUUUAAAGUUAAAGAUACGCCAAGUGAAACAUACCGCGUCUCGUGAGCAGGUAUUUGCGUUAGUAGCGAUGAGAAUGAUGCAAUAGCUGUUAAUUCUGUUCUCAGAUGACGGCCGUGGGAGUGCAAUGUUAACGAAAAUGUCACCGCUAAUAAGCAAGAGUCAUUUCUCCAGGGACAUAAAAUGAAAUAUUAAAUAAUUCGACCAAAGGAAUUAGUGCCAUGCAGGCCCGUCUAGAUGGAAAGCUAGCGUUGCUGUAUACCUUAUUGGUCUUGCAAGUUCUCAUUGUUAUGAUCUACGUGGCCACCACUCCGCCACCCGAGCUAACUGUAUCGACUACUCGUGCGUCUGUCAGUUUCGUCAAGUUCGAGACGUCACAGGAGCUGCAGAUAAAUCAGGGCAAUCGCAAAAAAUCAUCAAUCUACCAGACAAUCAAUGGAGAGAUAGUAUUGAAGGAUGUCAAGACUUUUAGAUUGUUCGAGAUAUAUAAUCAUACCGUAUGCUGGAAAUUCGGGGUAGACGAGCGCAAGAUGAGAAGCAACGAGCAUCUGGAAAGAUGUAUCUGCAAUCAAGGAUGGCACGGUUUGGACUGUGGACAGCCGGAGGUUGUAUGGAGGGCAAUCAUGGCGUCGAAGCAGAACAUCAGUCUGAAACGUCGCAGAGAGGCCAGACGUAUUAUUCACACGUUCUGCUUGAGCGAAUACAAUUCGGCGGUCGUCGAGGUGAUAGUGGAAGAACUCUACGAUGUAGUGGACCUUUUCGUAAUUUGUGAUUUCAACAAUGCCGAGGACAAUUUUCGGCACAAGCUGUCCAAGGGGCUGCUACAGCGACAGCAGAAGAAGAUUUUAUACGUCAACGUGGCGACCAAGUCCCGCAAACCGUCGAGGAUAGUGGCGAAAUACGUCUGGGACCGAGUGAAAGCCGUGGUGCAGAGCUUAAGGGACGAUGAUAUCUACGUGACGACGGAGCCGGAGCAGAUACUGAAUUCCAGGGCAUUAAUGUUCCUCAAGAUGUACGACGGUUGGCCUCAGCCUAUAGGAUUUAGAUUAAGGUGGUCGGUAUACGGCUUCUUCUGGCAGCAUCCGCUCAAGACAACGAUAAUGCUCGGCGCGUACACGAUCGGCCUGAUGCGAAACGCCUAUCAGUCCAAUUCCGUCGUGUUGCGCCGACAAUUGGACGGAGACGCUAGCGAGAGAGAUAUUUUGGGAUUAGUUAUAGGGGAUCUAAAUCACUACGGCGGCUGGUAUUGCUAUUUAUGCCAAGCUCCCGCUAAUAUUAUUAUCGGUCUCCAUCAUAAAAUUCAGUCCAAAGAAAUACAUAUAGAGGAGACCGUUGACGUGCCGUUCGUUGAGGACCUAAUAGGUAGCGGACUAUGGUUAGAUGGUAAAAGCAAUCUCCUGAGAGUCUCGAAAUCGAGGGAUUCCUACUUCGCGCCUGAAACAAUUCUCAACAACACGUGGAAGUACGACUGGCUGGUAGAGAACUUCUACGCUAAAUUAGAUUACUACUGACGUACUGGUUACACCCGACUGUGAUAUUAACUCAUACUCUAUACACUAUGUACACCAUGUAAUAUUAUACUGGAUUUAUACACUAAAAAUAUUACGUUGACGAAAUAUACAUGUUAAAUGGUUUAUACAUAUAA